CCAUUGCAGUACCUGUCUACGCCACGAAUGGAGCUAGAAGCUGCUGUUCUAGGCGCGCGGCUGAUGAAGUCAAUCUGCGAUAGUCAUUCUGUUCCUGUUUUGAAGUGGUUCCUGUGGUGCGAUUCGUAUACUGUUGUGUCGUGGGUGAAGUCCGACCAACGAAGGUACAAACCUUUCGUUGCCCACCGAAUCGGAGAGAUUCUCAGCAUCACAAACCCUGAAGAUUGGCGCUGGGUAGGUACGAAGGACAAUCCAGCAGACGACCUAACGAAAUGGGGAAAAGGAACGGAAAUCAAGUCGGAGAGUCGUUGGUAUCGAGGUCCGGAGUUCCUGUAUAAAGACGUGUCAGAGUGGCCGAAGCAGAAACGUCCGGUGGUGGAGGUUCAAGAAGAACUACGCGCAAGCGUGCUGCUGCAUCAUAUUCUUUUGCCUGAGGGGUUGAUGGAGAGGAUGCAGCAUAUUUCUCGGUGGACGGUGAUGGUGCGAACGGUAGCAGUAGUGUUCCGUUUUGUGUCCAACUGUCGUCGUCGGAUCAAAAAGAUGCCGAUCGAAGCGUUGCCGAUUGAUGCUAAGCAAGCUGGACGUAUAGCGUUUGCAGCAGUUGAGGUACCGUUGCGGCAGGAAGAAUAUAUGUCUGCCGAAUCGUUGCUGUGGAGGAUAGUGCAAGCAGAGGAGUUCGCGGACGAGGUGAAGACACUCAUGAAGAAUCGGGAUUCAUCUGUAGCUCAAGAUUUACCACUGGAAAAGUCGAGUCCGAUUUAUCGCUUAUCACCAUUUCUGGAUGAAGAAGGAAUUGUGCGGAUGGAAGGUCGGACCGAGGCGGCUGACUACGUGGCGUUUGAUGCGAGGUUCCCGAUCAUUCUGCCGAAAGAUCACGUGGUGACCAAGAGACUGGUGCAACAUUAUCAUCGACAAUAUGGCCACGGUAGCAGGGAAACGGUAGUGAAUGAAAUUCGGCAGCGAUACUACAUACCUUGUCUACGCGUGUUGGUGGAGCAAGUGAUGCGGGAGUGCAUGUGGUGCAAGAUCCGGAAGGCAAAACCAACUGUGCCCAGGAUGGCACCACUACCCGAACAGCGAUUGGCUGCGAAGAUCGAUCCGUUUUCAAACGUGGGCAUCGAUUAUUUCGGACCGCUAGAAGUGACCGUUGGAAGAAGGAAGGAGAAAAGAUGGGUGGCACUGUUCACGUGCUUAACUGUCAGAGCGGUGCACUUGGAGGUGGCGUACAGCCUGACGACGGAGUCGUGCAAAAUGGCGAUUAGGAGGUUUGUGAAGCGACGUGGCAGUCCGAUUGAGAUCUUCUCGGACAACGGUACGAAUUUCGUCGGUGCCAAUCGAGAUCUGGUGAAGGAGAUCAACGUUGCCUGUGCGGACACGUUCACUGGUGCAAGGACCCGUUGGACGUUUAACCCACCUUCAGCGCCACAUAUGGGGGGCGCUUGGGAGAGAAUGGUACGCUCGGUGAAAGAGGCACUGCAUGUCUUCACGGAUGGUCGGAAGCUGACGGAUGAGAUCCUGCAGACUGCACUGAUCGAGGCUGAGAACCUGGUCAACUCACGUCCACUUACGUACGUGUCAACCAACGUGAAGGAAGACAAAGAAGCGCUAACACCAAAUCACUUCCUGCGUGGUCGAUCGUCGGCCGAAUGUCUACCGUCGAGGAUUCCGGUGGAUUUGGCUGAUACGUUGCGGAGCAGCUAUAGUCGAGCGCAGCAGUUAGCGGAUGGAUUUUGGGAUCGUUGGCAGCGGGAGUAUCUGCCGACCCUGAACAGACGGUCGAAGUGGUACUUGGACCAUCGAAAAGUGGCGAUAGGAGACCUGGUGUUUGUGGCUGAUGGCGAAAAGCGGAAUACCUGGGAGCGAGGCCUAGUGACGCAAGUGUUCGUUGGCAGUGAUGGGAGAAUCCGCUCAGCGUCCGUGCAGACCAGCCGGGGUGAGAAGCUGCGACCAGUAUCGAAGUUAGCGGUUUUGGAGAUUGAGGUGGAAAAUAGUAAUCCCCGUACUGUUCCCGAGUGAAUCAGCGACAGGGUUUACGGGUGGGGGAAUGUUACCGUUGGUAAAAACGAGCACCCGGUUGCGAAAGGGUUGCGGUCGGUGAAAGUGAACACCCAGUUGCGAAUGGGCGAAUACCGUGAACGCCCCGUCCACUGACAGUUCUCGACGGCUGAUGAAGAUGACCUAAAUGAAUGGCACACAUACAUGCGCAUGCAGCUGAUCGCGCAGUGGGAUCAGCCAUCGUAAUUUGUUAUUGUUGACACUGAAGAUCGAAACGAGAUGGUGAAAUUCUCAUCUUUUAAUUUAGUGAAGUGAAUUUGUCUGUCCACUUGUAGUUAAUUAGCAAAAUAAGUGUGAAGUCAAUUUUAUUUCGUCAGCUGAUUGUUGGUCGAUAUUAGGUUUGCUCGUUCAUGAUAUUUUGUGCUACUUACCGU